GAAAAUUAUAAGGUCAUUUGAAUUGCGCUUGCUGGCGAGGUUAUCGGCUCCAGUGAUCCCAGAGAUGGUUUCGGCGAUCGUGGCAGUGCGGGGAUGAUGGUCGCGGGGUCACAGUCGACGCGCAGCAGCAGGCGAGUGUGACUCCCCAUCCGCCGGAGGAGAGGAGCAGGAGCAGCGGCUCUGUGAGGGUAUUAACAACGGGAGGAGGAGGAGGAGGGGGGUGGGGGGGGAUCCCGGUGCGUGCGUCUGUGCCUGUGUGCGUUCCUGUGAGCCGCCUGUGAAGCCUGGCGACCGGCGGCGAGAGGCGGAGGGGGCGACCGGGCCAACGCGUGUAAGCCGAUCAAGGUGGAAUAGCGCACAACGAGCUUCCACGUCAGGGACUUCUGCGCUCCGCACAUGCUGUGACGGUGCGAGCCAAGUGUAAGGAUGAUGCGUCUAGCGUGUUGCACAGCCCUGCUGUUUGUGUUGAGGCUGCUGGUGGGCUUGCCUUGGUACCAGGUUCUCCCAGCCAUCCUGAUCUUCUACCUGGGAAGCGGAGGAUGGGCCUUCCUGCAGAUUUUUGCCAGAACAAUUGGCAGAGACUUACAUGCGGCAGGUGUGUUAUUGCAGGUGAAGAUGAAUGUCAGACGCCACCUCAAAGAGAAAAACACGAUUCCCAAGAUCUUUGCUGAGACAGUUCGCCGCCACGGGGACAAAACGGCACUCAUCUUCGAAGGGACAGGGGAGCGGUGGACCUUCCACCAGUUGGACGAGUACUCUAACAGAGUGGCCAACCUGCUGCUAGAAAGGGGUUUCAAGGAGGGUGAUGUGGUGGCCAUUUUCAUGGAGAACAGGUCCCAGUAUGUGGGCCUCUGGCUGGGCAUGGCCAAGAUCGGGGUAGAGGCGGCUCUUAUCAACUUCAAUUUGAGACUGGAGGCCUUGGUCCACUGUGUCACCAUCUCCAAUGCCAAGGCUGUUGUGUUUGGCUCAGAGCUGACUGAUGCUGUUUCCGAGGUCCACAGUUUGAUGGGGAAGACAGUGCAGAUGUUCUGCUCGGGAGACUGGGACCCCAAACGAGUCCCACAGGGAACAGAGUGCCUCGAGCCCCUCCUGGAUGACGCCCCCUCUCACCUGCCCAGCCGGCCCACAUGCUGCUUCACAGAUCGCCUCUUCUACAUCUACACAUCAGGAACCACUGGGAUGCCUAAAGCUGCCAUUGUUGUGCACAGCAGGUACUACCGCAUGGCAGCUUUGGUGUAUUAUGGCUUUAGGAUGACACCAGCCGAUGUGCUGUAUGAUUGCCUUCCACUCUACCACUCUGCAGGAAACAUUGUGGGAGUGGGCCAGUGUAUAAUACAUGGGAUGACUGUAGUCAUCAGAAAGAAGUUCUCCGCCUCGCGUUUCUGGGACGACUGUGUCAAAUACAACUGCACUAUUGUGCAGUACAUUGGCGAGAUCUGCCGAUACCUGCUGAACCAGCCCGUCCGGGACACGGAGCAGCAACAUCGGGUGCGCAUGGCCCUGGGCAACGGCCUCCGCCAGUCAAUAUGGGAGGAAUUCAUGAACCGCUUCAAUAUCCCACAGAUUGCCGAGUUCUAUGGAGCGACAGAGUGCAAUUGCAGCCUGGGCAACUUCGAUAACAAGGUUGGAGCGUGUGGCUUCAACAGUCAGAUUUUACCCUUCAUCUACCCCAUCAGACUGGUGAGGGUUGAUGAAGAGAGCAUGGAACUCAUCCGGGGACCUGACGGCGUCUGCAUUCCCUGUAAACCUGGAGAGCCCGGUCAGCUUGUAGGCAGGAUCAUUCAGAAUGACCCUCUUCGGAGGUUUGAUGGUUAUGUCAACCAAUCGGCAACCAGCAAAAAGAUUGCUCACAGUGUCUUCAAGAAGGGAGACAGUGCCUAUCUCUCUGGUGACGUGCUGAUUAUGGAUGUGAACGGCCACAUGUACUUCAAGGACCGAACAGGAGACACUUUCCGCUGGAAAGGAGAGAACGUCUCGACAACCGAGGUGGAGGGAACGCUCAGCCGGCUGCUCGAGAUGAAAGACGUAGUUGUGUACGGGGUGGAAGUGCCAGGAGCAGAGGGCAAGGCUGGAAUGGCAGCCAUCGCGGAUCCGUCUCACAGCACAGACCUGGAGAAGUUUGUGAAGGACAUGGAGAAGACGCUCCCUCCAUACGCCAGACCUGUAUUCCUUCGCUUCCUUCCCGAAGUCGACAAGACAGGAACAUUUAAGUUUCAGAAGACAGAGUUGCGUAGGGAAGGAUUCGACCCCAGCGCCGUGUCUGAUAGACUCUACUUCCUGGACUCCAGCAGGGGGCGCUAUGUGCAGCUGGAUGAGGAGUUUUACAACUCCAUACUGUCGGGGAAACACAAAUUGUGAUGACUAGGCUGAUCACUCCAUUUACAAAUGCACACACACACACACACACACACACACACACACAUAUACAGAGGGAAGAGAAUAUUUUGUGAGCAGGGUAGAUGAAUGCAGAACAUUGUCCCCAAAAAUACAUAUACAGUAACAGCCACACACUCUCAAAUCUGCAUACACAUUUACACACGCACCCGUUGUAGUACCCAGACCAACUUAGCUCUUUGAUCCCUAAAAACAGACUUAUGCACGCUGUGCACACAUUACACACACACACACACACACACACAUACACAGCACCAUUUUAUUAAUCCUUCCUGAAAUCUCCCCGGCAACUCCUCUCGCUACCUCAGCACCGACCCAGUGACCAGGUCUGUUUGGUAACGUGACACCACUCGUCAUAGCCACAUAAUCGCAGUGCACACCAACGGCCCUCAAACAAACCACAGCGUGUUCAUCACGGUCCACCAGACCUGAUGUCACGCUUGAGGACACCACUAGACGGGUGGAGGGGGGGUCGUGAGGAGUACAGGCUGCCUGGCAUCUUGAAUGCAAGAACUUGAAACUACAGAUGACCACAAACUUUACGGAUGAUGGAUUCAGUGCAUACGAUGGGCGGCACGGCGGAUUGGAUCUAUGAGGACCUAAACUUUCUCUCUCUCUCUCUCUCUGAUCGCUAUUUUAGCAAGAUUGUUUUUUGAAGGACCGGAGCCUCGACCGUCGACUUCACCUGCACAAUUAGCCAGCAGUGACAAACCUGUGACAACUGCACCUUUCCUUUAUCAAACUUUUCUUUUUUUCCAAGGGAAAACGUUUGUUAGUAUUUUGGAGAGCCUUUAGCAUGUGACCUGUGGUUACAGAGGUUGAAUUAGUCCAGUGGUUGGAGCUGAAAGAUUGACUAAAGUGCAAUAGGGCUCCAGGCUCCAGCAGUGCAAUAAUCAGCCGCACCACACAAGAGCUGAUAUAAAACAAAGAUUUGCAUUUAAAAAUGUCUGCAUUACACCAAAUAUAUUUAAGUUGUAGUGGGGUUUUUUCAUAUUUAAGAAAAAUUUGAAAGUUUUAGUAAUUUAUGUUGUAAAAGUGUUUCUCUUUCGUUGUAGUGCAAAUGUAUCAGGGGUUUUUCUUCUUUUCUGUUUUUUAAUGUGUAUCCAAAUCCUUGCGUCACAAAAGAAGGUGCGGUAUCCAACUUAUAUCAGCCGCUCCAACACGAAGUAAAGUGAUCUGACUGAUUCAACCCUGGGCUAAAUACACGGGGCUAGUUCCAAACACAGCGCUGUUCGCUCCCUGAGCUGACGUGCCAGACGAUCGCGUGGCUGUAUUGUGCAGGUUUUGUCGUUAAAAUUUUGAAUAUUCUUCCAAGACUUGACUGAAGAAGAGAGAGAAUCACCGAAUCGCCUCAGCGACGUGUUUGUGUCUUUUAAGUAUUUUCCUGUUGCUGAAGAGGGAUGUUCUGCCAGAUUCAGGAGAGCCGAGCGAUCCAAAGAUUCAAAAAUUACGGGGAGGAGGGGACACUGUAAACGCAUAUGAGAAGAAGAAGAAGAAGAAGGAAAUGUGCUUUGUCAUUGGUCGUCUUGUCUCUUGUUUUAAGUAGCUGUCAUCGGAGGUUGUAGCAGCAUGAAUGAGCAUCAUCAACAACAACAACAGGCAGAGCACUGUGCCUUACUGUGAGUUCACCUCCCAGAUUCACAGGCCCUGGCCCACACACAGUGUCUCACAUCGUUCCCACCACUCUUCUCACUGAGCUUCUAUCUUCCAUAUUCUCAUUUCUUAGUUCACUGGCCUUUGCAAAAGAUGGCCCAUAUAUUGUGAGCUCAGAUUUUUCCUGUGAAUAAAAGUUCCUAAGAAACAGAGGGCAGCCCAGUGAACUGACCCCUUCAUCCGGCCAAGUGCAGGACGGGUUCGCAUGGAUGUCUUACUGGGCAAGAGGCUGCACUUACUUCCUUUGCCUCCGACCUCUCGGCCCGCGCUGUAACACUGGUCGUCUCGAAGAUAUCAUUCUCUCAAGUUACCAUUUGCUUUAGGCCUUUAUCGUAUUUCUGCCAACCCCCCUCCUCUCCUUCUGACUGCGCUCCUCCAUCCCCUCGACUGCAGAGUCUGUACCUGGUACCAAGCCUCAUCCUCUGCCACGUCUACUUCAUCUUGCUUUUGUGCUCAUGUUGAUUCAGACAAUGGUUAAAAAAAACAAAAAACGUAGUUGAAUGAAUUUGCAAUAUUUCCAAAUUUGACUUCUUCAAAAGUUCAACCUUGUUCUUUUGACUUUUCAACUUUUGGGAUUGUUCAGGAAGUUUCUCAACCUAAGACCUAUACAUCGUGUUCAAGUAUCUUUUCCCAAAUGUACGUUGCGUGUAGUUUGCCAACUCUAAAAUUUCUUACCUUUGCAACUGACGACAUCCUACGGUCUCCGACAGCAAAGCGAGGCAAAGUUGUUACCAACUUUUUACGAUUGGCUUUAAUUCUUAAUAUGUUUUAUUGUGGAAAUGCUUCGGCUGCUUUGAUUCCUGCAGUCUGAUUCUCAAUGUACUUUUUCGUAAAUACGUCUUUUCUUUAGUUUGUGUUUGCACUGACUGACACAGUUGACCUUGAUAACUGCAGUCACUCAUCAUUCCCCUGAUUUGGGGGGAAAAAGACCAACAAAGCCAUUUGACAGAAAUUGACAUUCAUCCCCUGCUUCCUCUGUAGACUUAGUUCAAAGAGUCCAUCUCUCUCUCUCUCUCUCUCUCUCUCUCUCUCUCUCUCUCUCUCUCUCUCUCACACACACACACACACAUGUAUUUGUUCUUUAAUGAUGAGUGUGAAAUGUUCUCAUGAAUGUCUGAGAAGCAAACGAACGACCAAUGAUGAUGAUGAUUUUGUAAACGCGUGAUUCACGUAUCUAAGGGAACACACAGUUUGGCUGUUAUGAUGCUUCUGACCGAGGGUGACGCUCGUCGACCCCGACCACACUGAUGGGGCGCGUGACUAAGCAGCCUCGUAGAAGAACGCUGAAUAAGAUGUUUCCAAUUUUCAACAAUUUUUUUAUGAGUUUAAAUUAUUAUUUUUGAGGAACUGUUGAUUAUACUUUGAUUCUUUAACUGCUAUAUGCGUGUGUGUUUCUGUUUGCGCUUGUUUUUUUCCUGUGAAAUAACAGCUUUGUGGCUUUGGUAUAAAAAAAAGGGAUUCAUGCAUGAGUGAGAGACAAUCACAUUUUUUUGUUUGUUUGUUUUGUAUUGUUGGGAGUUUUUUUUUUUUUUCCUUUGGCACAAGGAACCAGUCGGGGAUCUACCCUUUCUGGAUUAGACUGGCUGUAAAUGUUGACCAGGAGCCUGUAUGCCAUUUCCCAGAUACUGUGGGUCACUGCAUGGAGCAGCCGAAGGCCUGCAGGGAGUGAAGGCUCUGUGGGACAUGGUGUGUGGAGGUUUGACCAGAGGGGGGCGCUCUACCUCCACUAACAUUCACAAACUAUAUAAUUUGUUAUCAUGCAGUCCUUGGACUACAAAUGAUCUAAAUUCAUUUAUUCAACUUAAACUAUUAGAGAUAGAAAUGUAUCGGUUCAAAUUAAAUCUUACUUGAUACAUUUCAUCAUCCAGUUCGAUACAAAACUUCUAAUAUUGAAAUGUUUCCGUUGCCCUGUGCAUAUCAUAAUCUUUUAAAUUCACCAAAUCGGUUUCACAUUUUUGCCUCAAAAGCUGGUUAAACAAAUACAAUUAACUUCAUUUACAUUAUUAUUUGACAGAAUAAACCACUUAAAUUCCCCCGAGGUAGUAAACUUUGUCCCUAAGUGGCGAUCGAUGUAUAUAUUGAUGUGUACAUCUAUUCAGUUUGAACUCAAAAUUGAACAAUUUUGUGAGAAAACCUUGCAGGUGUCUCACGUCCCAGCUCAUACUGAGAUCAGUCGCGAUGAGCAGAACGCCUCAUGAAAAAUGAUUUGUGAUCAAAGAUCCAAGUCACCUCUAAGGGCACAGUGAAGGGCACGAUUAUGUGAGGAUUGUCACACAGCGGACGGGCCACAGAUCACGAAAGGAUAACUGAAGACUUUUGUCCCUCUGGUCUUACUGGCCCACAAGUCUCUGAUCAACAUUAAUCAACCUGCUUUUAUCUCUUUUUGUCUUUUUCUAGCUAUUGUGUUCCUCAGAAACAUCAAAAAGUGCUAAAGAAGGAACCGUGUGUGUGUGUGUGUGUGUGUGUGUGCGUGCGUGUGCGCGUGCGCGUGUGUAGGGGAGGUCUGUGAGGUGUGUGUGUGUGUGAGACACACUGAUGUCCUCUUGUCCACAGAAGGCUAAUAGCUGUAUACAUCAUGCGUUUCACGAAAAUGAGAUCAAAGCAGUGCUGCGAAUGGAAAAAUCAUUAUUAAUAAUAAAAUAAAACAACUAUUUAAAUUGUUCACUUGA